AUGGCUUGGCCCCAGAUGGACCCGCAGUACGAACAAAGGCUCAUAGAAGAAGUAAUCUACCUCCACUCCCUCUGGCACCAAGCCAGCCAAUUCGUCACCGGCCCCGAAUGGGCGGUUCCCGACCCUCCGCCGCAGCCGCCGUUCGACGCAUGGCCCAAUCAAGGAAAACUCGGUCGACAGCCUCUCACCCUCACCUCCGAAGAACAGUUGAAAUUGGCUGGAAAAAACGCGCACCAGCGGGCGCUCAAGCUCGUAGCCGAGUAUUUUAGGUAUAGGGACGCCGGCGAUGAUUCCGAUUCGAUUGGCAGCGGCACUGAAGGGGACGAAGACUUAAUGGACGGGGACGACGGCCGGGAGGAGUACAGCUUUUUCUACAAGGUCUUCAAGGAGGACACGGAGCUUAGAGAGUAUUACGAGAAGAACUUCGUGAGAGGAGAAUUUGGGUGUCUGGUGUACAGGGCUCUUGGGGGGGAGAAAACGGGGAAGAAGUAUAAGGGGUGUUUGACCCUCGUGCAGCACUCGAUCAACAUAGCCAAGACGACGAAGAAGACGGCCCACAGGGCUUUUGGGCUGGCUGUUUGUAAGGUUUUGAGCUGGGACAUUAAUGAGCUCUCCAGCAUUGUUUCUUUGCUGGCACAGGGGAAUAAUGGUGGGGAGAACAAGGAAAACUCGGUAGCUGUUCUCAACAAUGUCGUACCACUGCAGGGCAAUAUUGUCCAGGGAAAAAAUGAGGGAGCGGUUUUAGAAAGCGGACCUAGUGAUAGUGGAAUUUCGCCUGAUGGUGAUGAAGGGGAUAUGCUCAAUCCUUUGUCGUGUUCUCAUGCUGAUAAAAACUUGGAAGAUCUUGGGAUUGUGAGUAAUGUGGAAGAACCUGCAGCACAGGAUUUGACUAAU